AGACUUCCGGUUGUGGCCCACGCACAGCGUUACACAUAUCCCGGCGUCCCGUGCGGCGCUUCUUUCUUUUUCCGGCCGGCCAUUUUCCCUCCCGGGAGGGCAAUAAGCAGCCAUGGCGCCCAGCCGAAAUGGCAUGAUAUUGAAGCCCCAUUUCCACAAAGACUGGCAAAGACGGGUGGCCACUUGGUUUAACCAGCCAGCCAGGAAGAUCCGCAGGAGGAAGGCACGGCAGGCAAAGGCCCGUCGAAUCGCUCCCCGUCCAGUAUCUGGACCAAUCAGACCCGUCGUGAGGUGCCCCACUGUCCGAUAUCAUACCAAAGUCCGGGCUGGUAGAGGAUUCAGCUUGGAAGAAUUGCGGAUGGCCGGCAUCAACAAGAAGUUUGCCCGGACGAUCGGGAUCGCGGUGGACCCCCGUCGCCGCAACAGGUCCACAGAGGCCCUGCAGACCAACGUCCAGCGGCUGAAGGAGUACCGCUCCAAGCUCAUCUUGUUCCCCAGGAAGCCUUCUGCGCCCAAGAAGGGAGACAGUCCAGCAGAAGAGCUCAAGAUGGCCACCCAGCUCUCCGGACCAGUUAUGCCCAUCAAGAAUGUCCACAAGAAAGAGAAGGCUCGGGUCAUCACCGAGGAGGAGAAGAACUUUAAGGCCUUCGCCAGCCUGCGCAUGGCCAGGGCCAACGCACGGCUUUUCGGCAUCCGGGCCAAACGGGCCAAAGAAGCUGCUGAGCAGGAAGUGGAGAAGAAAAAAUAAUAAUAAACUUUUUGCUUGGGGCCUCUCAAUAAAAGUGGAUGGAUCUAAAA